AUGUCCUUGCUUUUAAAACCUGUUUUAAGAUUUUCCACUACUUUUGAUAUUCGUUCAAAAUUUUUAAUUAAUACCGCUAAAAAUUUAUUUAAUAAAAGUAACUUUCAACAAAAAAACGGGUUCCCUUUACAACAUUUAACUUUUCAAACAAUUCAACGAAAGGACAUGCAUUCAAAAGUUGUUAUUAUCGGUUCCGGUCCGGCUGGUCACACUGCCGCACUUUACUUGUCAAGGGCAACUUUAGAACCCGUAAUGUUUGAGGGUUUCCUUGCGAACGGGUUUGCCGCGGGUGGCCAACUUACCACUACGACUGAUGUGGAAAAUUAUCCCGGAUUUCCUGAAGGAAUCAUGGGUCAAGAAAUGAUGGAUAAAUUUCGACAGCAAAGUUUAAGAUUUGGGACCAAAAUCAUCACUGAAACUAUAUCAAAGAUUGAUCUUUCCUCCAGACCCUUUAAAUUAUGGCGCGAAGGGAUGGAAAAUCAAGCACCUGACACGUCCGAUUCAUUAAUCGUGGCCACCGGUGCAGCGGCAAAGAGGUUAAAUCUUCCCGGUGAAGAUGUUUAUUGGCAAAAGGGGAUUUCCGCUUGUGCUGUAUGUGAUGGUGCUGUUCCAAUUUUUAGGAACAAACCUUUGGCCGUUGUAGGUGGUGGAGAUUCAGCCGCCGAGGAAGCUUUAUUUCUUACAAAAUAUGCUUCUCACGUUUACGUACUCGUUCGUAGGGAUAAACUCCGUGCUUCUAAAGUGAUGGCAAAUCGGUUACUAUCUAAUCCAAAAGUUACCGUAACUUGGAACACUAUUCCAAUCGAAUGUAAAGGUAAUGGUCAACUUCUUAAUCUGUUGAUUACUAAAGAUACAAAGACUGGAGAAGAAAAGGAAUUGCCAGUUAAUGGGUUGUUUUAUGCUAUUGGUCACGUUCCUGCUACAGAAUUAGUGAAAGAUCAAUUGGAAUUGGAUACUGACGGAUAUAUUAUUACUAAACCUGAUAGCACUUAUACUAAUGUUGAAGGUGUCUUUGCUGCUGGUGAUGUUAAAGACAAAAAAUAUAGACAAGCCAUUACCAGUGCCGGUUCUGGUUGUAUGGCAGCUUUAGAAUGUGAACGUUGGUUAAGCGAACAACAUCCCGAAUAA